AUCAACUCUAUCUAACAUUUUUCCAAAAAUCUAAUUAAAGUUCAUUCCAAACUAAAAACAAACAAAUUUAAGAAUUUGUUGUGCGGUUAACUAAAAAAAAAGCAUGGAUGCCCGUGAUGGCACUCCACAACAUAUCCUCGGGUUACCCAUCCGAAGUCAUACACGUAUUUAUGUUUCCUAUCUAAUACCAUCGUGCUUGGAACUUUUUGUUUACAUUGUGCAAUUCUUUGCCGACUGUGCUGUUUCGUAUCAACAUUUUCGUUUUGGCCAAAUAUUCUUUGGAUGGAUAACUCUGACAUUAGUUUUAGCGCCACCUGUGUUGUGUUUUAUAUUUGUUAUGACAUCAGCUGAGCAAUGGUCUAAUCCCAGACAUGCUAAUAAAACAAAAUUUAUCACAUUCCAAGUUGGGAGUUUGUUGUUAUUUCCAAUAUUUGCUGCUUACAGAUUUUCCCGACGUAUAUUUUGGUCAAUCGAAGCACUCUUCCAUGACAAUGACGACAAUGAACGCAUGUAUUGCCUGACCAAGGCUGGUGAAUGUUCAACAUGUGAGUUGUAUCAUCUGAUACAGGCUUACGCCCAAUCAGCUCCACAAAUCAUCCUCCAACUAUACCACAUGUUAUCGCAGGAUCUCUUUCGAAACUAUAAUACAACUACUGUCCAAGCCAUUAGUUUGGUAUUCGCUGCCAUCGAUUUGGCAGCCAUCACCGUCACCUAUCAACGUUUCGAGAGUCAAAAACUAGCCGGCCGUCCAUAUCCAUGGGCAGUUCCAAGCCAAAUUCAAAACCAAAAACAACGUCUCUUGGCUGCUGAAAGAUUAAAAAAAGAAAACGAAUGUAAAAACCGUGAAUCGGAACGUAAAAUAUCCGUUUUUCCAGAAAGUACAAAAAUAAUGGAAAAUUUCAAACUGCGUCACAGUGGUGAAGCUGACGGUGACUCAAAAGCUCACCCUUCAAGUAGGGUUGGUAAUUUUGACAAAAAAAUAAAAGAUGUUGCACCCGACAUCGAAGCCAUUGGCCACGACGAGGUCGACAAUGAACGGAAUUCAGACAUUUCAUCUCGUUCACUUGGCACACCAACGAAUUCCACAGACGACGAGAAAAUCCAAACGAAUAGUCGUCCCAAGCUCUUUAAGUAUUUCCCCAGCGGGACAUCCUUGAAUGCGAUUGAAGCUAUUGAUAUGGUUCCAGAGAGUCCACCACCUCCAUUACCAUCAUCAUCAUCAUCAUUUCCUCCACUACCACCUCAACUCCGUACACAGAUAUCAACGACAGAGUCCACAGGAAGAAAUCGAUUAUCUGCUAUGGCGAAUAGGAUGUCUACACUCAAGGACAUGCUGUGGCUUAAUGCUCAGCUAUAUAUAACAGAAAACGUGCCACGACCUCCAAAAAUGCUCACCGCACGAUUACUGGAAUCAAAUCCAUCCGAAGAUGGAAGAGAUGUCCCACCUAGCUUUAAACCACCAUCACCUCCAUCUCAAUCCCCACAACCAAACGAUGAAACUGACUUUUUCAUCCCUCGCUCAUAUAAAAUCAUCAACGGCAUCGAACAGGAUGACUUUGCUGCCAAAACUGUCGCCUUUUUGGGUUGGCUAGCCUUCAUCUGCAUGCGAAUGUUGGCCUUAUCAACCUUCUGUGUCUUUUAUACCCGUGCCUUCCUCAUACUUAUUGGAGCCCAUUACGUGAUGAUGCUCUUUUGGCUAUCACUCGAAUCAAAAUUCCAGGACAAACUCAACAGGAUUGUGUUUUACCUUUUGCUAGCGUAUGUUUAUAUAUUUGUGAUUCUUGAGUUUCGCAUUAAAUUUAGAAACAUUCGGGUGUGGUAUGUUUGUUUCUUUACAUUGACAAUGGGGGAGAAUUUACUAAUGACAUUUAGUUGGUGGUUGUUUGGGGAAUUUGAAUCGUGGUGGUUUGGAUUUAUGUACGAUGCGAUUAUUUAUAGUGGAGGUAUUUUUUCAGCUACGUUAAUUGUUUAUUAUUGUAUUUUGAGACCUAGAGAUGUUAUUUAUGUUUUACCGGAAGAAGAUAUAAAUAGAAAAUAAAUUUAA